AGACAUCAAGUAUAUGAACAGAAUGCAUGCUCAGACGAAGAAAUUAGCGAGCUGCUCCAUCAACAUGUUCCUCUGGUUGUGAAAGAAGAACUCAAGCAUAAAAGCAGUGAACUGCAAAACCACUCACCACCUCAAGCUGCGACACAACAAAAACAAGAAGACAGUACUUCAGCUCUUAUCAGAGCUCUUGCAGAGUCCAUCAGUGCAAGUCGUCUACCUGUACCUGAACCUACAACGUUCAGUGGUGACCCACUGAGGUUAAAUGACUGGAAGGUCUCCUUUCGUACACUCGUUGACAGGAAAAACAUCCCAGCUGAAGAAAAGAUAUACUAUCUAAGAAAGUAUGUGGGUGGACCCGCCAAGAAGGCCAUAGAGAGCUACUUCCUGCUAGGCACAGAGUCAGCCUAUCAUGCCGCGUGGACCAUCCUAGAAGAGAGGUACGGUAAUCCUUUCCUCAUUGCUAAGGCCUUCAGAGAUAAGCUUGAUGCAUGGCCCAAGAUAAGUUCCAAAGACAGCGUAGAACUUCAAGAGCUCUCUGACUUCCUUCGCAGCUGUGAGGCUGCCAUGUCACAGAUCAAAGGACUUGAGGUACUUAACGACUGCAACGAAAACCAAAGGAUGCUUGCUAAACUUCCAGACUGGUUGACCUCAAGUUGGAACAGAAAGGUCACAGAAAUGGAAGAACAAAAUCACACGUUCCCAACCUUAAGCCAGUUUGUUAAAUUUCUCACACGUGAAGCCAAAAUAGCUUGCAACCCAAUAACAUCUCUCCAUGCUCUAAAAUCAAGAGAAAGCGAAAAAGGCAAGAUUUUAAGAAGUCCUGUAUCAAACGUAUUGACUACAGAGACAAAUGAAACAGCAGACGCCACAAACUGUCUUUUCUGUGAGAAGGCAGGACACGGUCUGCACAAAUGUUACAAAUUCAGGAAUGAGACAAUCUCUGAGCGAGUCAAGUUUCUUCAAGAAAAUAAGUUGUGCUUUGGCUGUUUAAAAUCUGGCCAUCGCUCAAAGGAAUGUAAAAACAGAAAGAUAUGCGAAACAUGCGAAAAGGGACAUCCAACUUGUCUCCACGACAAUCGCACCAGAGAAGAAAGAAUGUCAACAAACCAUGAUGGGGAAAGAGAAAGCACAAUGGAACGUCCACAAGGUAAAGCGGCAAGCACACCACAUGAGGCAACAUCCAAUACAGUCUUCCAGAAUGUUAAAGUCCCCCAUACAUCCACAAUCGUUCCAGUGUGGGUGUCAGCCACAAGUGAGCCACAUAGGGAAAUACUUGUGUAUGCACUCCUCGAUACACAGAGUGACACAAGCUUUAUCCUUGAAGAAACGGCAAAGGCUCUUCACACAAAGAAUGAAACAGUGCAGCUAAAGCUCUCCACAAUGGCUUCAAGAAACACAGUCGUGUCAUGCAGGAAGCUAACUGGUCUCCAAGUGAGAGGAAUCUACUCGGACAGGAUAAUACCUCUGCCAGUAACCUACUCAAGAGAAUUCAUCCCAGCAAACAGAGACCAUAUUCCCACACCAGAGACUGCGAAAGCAUGGCCUCAUCUUGAACACCUCGCAGAUGAGAUCGCUCCUCAGCAAAGCUGUGAUGUUGGCCUGCUUAUCGGCUACAACUGUUCCCAAGCUCUCGUCCCAAGAGAAGUGGUGCCUGGUGAAGGAAACCAGCCCUUUGCACAGGGAACAGAUUUGGGCUGGAGUGUUGUCGGCUUUGGCAAUCCCUGUCUCGACAUUGGAGAUAUGAUUGGAGUAAGUCACCAGGUAACCGUGAAGCAAGUGAUACCAAGUCUCCAGUCUUCAAACCUCCCAAGGGAAGUACACUACGUCUGUAGAACACAGAUUAAGGAAGUCUCACCUGCAGAUGUCGUCGAGGUGCUGGAAUCUGACUUUGUCGAAAGAGCUUCUGAAGAUAACUCUGCAGAUCAGGCCUCCAAAGGUCUCACAGCACAGCAACUUCAAGCCUCAAAUGGGUUCACAGGCCCAUACCUACUUUGGCAGAAAGAGCUACCAAGUGGAGAAGUCAAGGUGGGAGAGAUCGUGAGUAGUGACCCAGAGCUUAAGAAGGCCCAGGUUCAUGAUACCCAGGCAAACGAAGUAAAGUCGCUACUAGAUCACCUUCACAAAUUCUCAGACUGGUCAAGAGUGGUUAAAGCCUUUGCCAGACACAAGCGCCUUGCAAAGGAAAUUAAAGGUCUCAAGCCAAGGUCCUGUGAAGCCACAUGCUUAGAGGAGAGGAGAGAAGCAGAGCUGACCAUAAUCGAGAUGGUUCAAGAAGCAACACUCUCUCAAGAAAUAAAGUGCCUUCAGCAGCAUAAGGAGUACCAUCUCCAACAAAGACCAAAGUGGAUCAAGGACCGCAGAAACGUCAAGGUAAAUGACGUUGUCAUUCUGCAAGACAACACUAUACCACGUGGCCAAUGGAAGCUGGCCAGGGUUGUGGAAGUGUACCCAGGAGGGGAUGGAAGAGUGAGAAGGCUCAAGCUGCUUAUCAGCGACUCUACCCUGGAUGUAAAGGGAAAGCGCCUCGCUAAACCUGUCUACCUCGAAAGGCCUAUUCACAAGACGGUGUUGUUGUUGGAAGCAGACUAAGACUCAGUUACUCUCACUCACACUCUGCACUUAAUAGGUCUAAAACGAAAUAGUUAGUUUUACAUUAAUGUAUAUCGGUUUUUCUAAAAAAAUUAUGGAAAUCACAGGUGAUUUGGUGGGAGUGUAACUGUCUUCACUUUCUGUUGUUUAUUUUGUUGGACGUUGUAUUUUUGGUUCCUACCUUUUAUGUGCAACAUUAUUAGAGGCGGAACUAAUCUGCUGUGUUUUGUGUUACACCUGUUUGUUUAAUCGACGCACAACUGCAGAGCAACGCAGAAUGUAAAGAAAAUCUAAGGAAACCAAGGGAAAAUGCAUAUAAAGUUAUCAGCCCCUCUAGGUGACUAGCAGCCUACGAGUUCUCACAGGUUGGAAUAGGUCCCACAAGAAUAAACCCCGUAUUUAAUCAAGACCUCAGCCUCGUGUCAUUUACUGGAGGGAGCUACAAUAUAAGUCAUCAUGAACACAUCUGUCCAUCAGACAGAGGGCUGCUGUGCCUCCUGUCAUCAUUAAUGGACGUCUCUUUAAAAUGACCGCUCAGAGGAGAGGAGGGCUGCAGUCGAAUAGUCCAUUUAGCUUAGAAACCUUCCUAACGGAGUGAAAUGACCCGGAAGUCCCUCAGUGGCAGCCAUGAUAAGUGCCGUUCGAAU